UCUCGACUCAUCUAUUAAAAACUUGGGUAAGGCUGUAGUCUUUCUUUCCUCAAUCAUUAUUCUUGUAAUUUCUUGCAAUUGGCAUCAUGUCGGAUUCACGUCCACCCCUUGGUAUAAGGAAUGCGGAUAGCAUACGAAUCUCCGGCCCGGAGUUCGCCGCUCAGGGGCCAGACCCCGAUUUUAACGUGAAGGAUCUGGAGAAAUACCUUACACAAGAUGGAGUCAUAACGAACGAUCCGGAUUUAGGAACUACAGGAGCUAUAGAUUCAUAUUUGGUUACUUGGGACUCGCCAGAAGACCCCGCUAAUCCGUUCAAUUGGCCCCAAUGGAUGAAAUGGGCGGUGACACUCCUUACCUCCCUAGGGGGUAUGGUGACCCUGAUGUCAUCGACAAUGAUGGCACCCGCCCUACCUGCCAUCUCCCAGGACCUCCAUACUGAUGAUGCAAGAACGCAAUUGACAUUAUCAAUAUUCGUCCUUAGUUUCGCAUUUGGACCAAUGGCUUUGGCGCCUAUGACUGAGGUCUUUGGUAGAAAACCGGUUUGGCUUUCGUCCUGCUGUUUCUACAUCUUGUGGAAUACCGUCUCCGGUUUUUCGCAGACAAAUGAGGUUAUGAUUGCGAGCCGUUUCUUCGCCGGACUGGGAGGUAGUGUUCAAUAUGCUAUCGAAAACCCAGUUCUAGCCGACUGUUGGCGACCCGAACAGCGUGGACUCUCCUUCGCGAUCGCUACUUUCCUUCCCCUUUUCGGUCCUGCUCUUGGCCCAAUUAUCGGUGGUCUACUUACUGGUUCUGUCGGGUGGCGAUGGCUUUUUUGGGUCUUAUCCAUUUUCGACGCUUUGCUCAUGGUCUUGGCAUUCUUCAUUUUCCCUGAGACACACGCUGAUACUAUUCUCCACCGGAAAGCUAAGAAAUUGCGCAAACGGACAGGCCAUGCGUAUUAUACCGAGCAUGAAAGGGGGGGUAAAUCUCUCUCUCGAGUCCUUGCGGUUAGCCUAGUACGCCCAUGCCGAUUGUUGGUAACACAACCCCUAAUUCAACUGAUGUCUUUCUAUCUUGCCUACAAUUAUGGUAUCCUCUAUAUCGUCCAAUCCACUUUUGCUACUCUCUGGAUCGAACACUACAACCAGUCAGUUUCCGUAUCUGGGCUCCACUAUAUCGCUAUAGCAGUCGGUUGCAUCAUUGCUGCUCAGGUUGGGGCACGUGUGACGGACCGUCUUUGGCAACACCUUCAAGUACGCGCCAAAGGGGAAACACAGCCCGAGUACCGCGUCCCCUUAAUGAUCCCUGGCGCGAUAACCAUACCAAUUGGACUAUUCAUGUAUGGUUGGACGGCACAAGUAGGUGCUUUCUGGAUCUUACCUGAUAUUGGUAUUGCCAUCUUUAGUUGCGGGAUUAUACUUGGAACUCAGGCAAUGCAAGCGUAUGUUAUGGACUCUUACCCAAAACACGUUGCCAGCGCCAGCGCAGCAAGUCAACUACUUCGGAACGUUGCAGGCUUCGCUUUUCCUCUAUUUGCCCCAAAAAUGUAUCAAACUCUUGGGUAUGGCUGGGGUAAUAGUUUGCUGGCCUUUGUUUUUCUUGGGGUUGGCCUGCCUGCACCACUCAUAUUAUGGAAGUACGGUGCUAAGCUAAGGGCCAAAGGAGGCCCCCAGAUAUGAAGAGGUGGGUUUAUGCGAUAUAAGGUCGUGCAGUCAGCUCCGUAUAAAAGAAGUUAUUUGUGUAAUGCUCCCCCUAUUGACGCUUGCUUAGUAAACGCGCUUAGUCACUCUUAUAAGCCGACUCCCCUUUACAUAAUUCGUGCAACACGAACAGAACCCAUAAAGACAUUUUGAACAACUCAGGGGUGACUAUAUUUUUAGAAAAUGUGUUUUCUUAAUAGUCAUCCAGGUAUUUGAAACUCGACGCUGAAGUAAUGCCCUGUUCGUGCCUUUAUAUCUUUGACUAAAUACGCUAAUAUUGUUCUGUGGGUGGAUGGUAGGUCGCUGCUUAGGUCGCGAAACGGAAGUCAAGUCUACAAGUAGAUGGGUUAGAUAGUUUCAAAGUUAGAGGGAGAAAUAAAC